AUGGCGAAGAUUUUGCUUCUGGGUCGGCCUUAUUUCAAUCGGCUGUUUUCAUUCUUUAUAGCUUUUAGUAUUGGAGUUCACUGUUUUUUGUACGGACAAGUACAAGCUGCAGGGAGUGAUGACGUUGGUGGUGAUGUUCUUAAUAAUACUUAUACUAUUUCAAGCUCAUCUUACCCAGAAACCCGUCUCAAUCCGUAUGAUUGGCGUUAUAUAAGAGUGAACUUGCCACCGUGGUUUUCUUCAAUGACAAUAAAUCUAGAAUCAGACGUAGACCUCGAUCUGCGAAGCAUUGGAAAAGCCCCAAGAAGCACUCUUCCCAUGAUAUGUUUCCGAGAAGGGAGUCCUCCAUUACCUGAUGUGCAUAACACUUCUAUAACUGGUCUAGUGUUAAAAAAAGUCUCUAAUGGUACUUUUGGAGGGACUAAUGGCCUUCAGACUGUUGAGGAGUGUUAUCCGAUGCAGAAGACAUUAUCAGUUAGAUUGACAAAUGAGCAGAUAUCUCCAGGCGUGUGGUAUUUCGGUCUAUUUAAUGGCAUCGGACCUAUGAGAACGCAGUCAAAAAUGAUAAAUCGAGGUCAAUCAUACUCUUUUCAUGGUAAUGUUACUGUGGAAGGAUGUAUAGCCCCAAUGGUAUCUGGCCAAUUCUGCAACAAGACAGUCGAUCUACUAUCAUGCAUUGACAGCCCUAAUUUAAUUCAAGGCAGUUUUGAUAACCAUACCUCGGAUAACACGGCCGAAUACGCUGUUAUUUGCAGAAAUCCGGACAACAGCACUUGUACCUCAGAUACUGGACCGAAAAUCUUCUCUUUGAAUCUAGUGGGGUUUUCUGAAGAGCUAAUUCUUAAAGUAUCAAAUAUUACUGUUAAAUCAUCAAAAAAUUCAAAUGGCACUAUUACUGCCAGUGACAUUAUUUUCACAUGUUACGCUCGUCAUGGUGCCAUGCCACUGGAUACAUUGCAUGAUUAUUAUGGCAAUAUCACGGAAGCCCCUUUAAUUAUAUCGAGACCAAAAGUUGGUCGUUGGUAUGUCAGUGUCCAACCUGUUAAUCUUCCGAUUGGAGAAGUUUGUUAUUCUUUGGAAUGGCAAGUGCUUCAGUGUCCAGUAGAUAAAGCGGGACCAAACUGUACUUGGAAAAGCUACAUGCUUCAGACAGUAAAAAAUAAUGGUGGUACUUUUGAAUCCUAUUACUUGCCAAUAACAAAGACAGUGGCCUUUGAUUCUGCUAAUUUUCCAAUAGAACCGCUGUUGAGUAAUUCUUCUGGUGGGAAUAGUGAUGUUGCUUGGACAUAUUUCCUCGUAGAUGUUCCUUUUGGUGCUGCAGGAGGCAACAUCCACUUUCACACUGCUUCAGAUGAUAAGAUAGACUACGAAAUUUAUGCCAGAUAUGCUGGGUUCCCAUCUCUUGAAAACUGGGAUUAUUAUUGUACGAACAGCACAAGCAGCAGCAAUGACUCCAUGUUUUUCAAGUUGUAUGAUGCCACUGAGAAGUCGAUGAGUUUUUAUAUAUUAUACCCUAGAGAAGGAACUUGGAGUUUGGGACUUAAGCACCUUGCCUCAGCUGGUACUAAAUCCAUGUCUCGAACUACCAUGUCUAUCUCAAUGGAGAGUUGUCCGGAAAAGUGUUCUUCUCAUGGGACCUGUAAAUUUGCUUUAGAUACAAGUGGCCUGACAUUAUACAGCUACUGUGCUUGUGACCGGGACCAUGGAGGGUUUGACUGCAGUAUUGAACUUGUGUCACAUUCAGGGCACUUAUGGCAAUCAAUUUCACUUAUUGCAUCAAAUGCUGCAGCCGUACUGCCUGCUUACUGGGCCCUCCGUCAUAAGGCGUUUGCUGAAUGGGUACUUUACACUUCAAGUGGGAUUUCAAGCGGACUUUAUCAUGCUUGUGAUGUUGGAACCUGGUGUCCAUUAACAUUUCAUGUUUUACAGUUCAUGGAUUUCUGGCUAUCAUUCAUGGCGGUUGUCAGCACUUUUGUGUACUUGGCAUCAAUUGAUGAAACUUCGAAGCGGACAAUUCACACAGUUGUUGCCAUAGUAACAGCCCUAAUGGCUGAAACUGGUCCUACGAGGUCCUCCAACAUUGUCCUUGUGUUAGCAAUUGGGAUUGUGGGACUAGUUGUUGGAUGGCUGAUUGAGCUUUCUACUCACUACCGGUCUAUUUCUUGGUCCUGGUCCUGGCCAGUCGAAUUUCAUCUAAAUAUGGCUGAUAGCUGGCGGACCAUGAGGGAGUGGAUGCAAAAUCUUAUUCGAACACUUCUCAAACGAUUUCGUUGGGGAUUUGUGAUUGGUGGGUUCUGUGCCUUAGCAUUGGCUGCUAUAAGUUGGGCUCUGGAAACUAGCAAAACCUACUGGAUUUGGCACAGCGUAUGGCAUAUUUCAAUCUAUACUUCAUCCUUCCUUUUCCUGUGUUCGAAAGCAAAAGUUGUUAAUUGUGUGGAUGAAAGAACGUCGGAUGGGAACUACGUGUUAACUCGGCAAAAUUCUCAACCAAGAGACGACCAAAGAGAUGAUAGAUAG